AUGUUCUUCAAGAAGAAGAAGGCGGAGGGAGAAGAAGCCGAAGAGCUGAAGGCACAGGCGUGCGGACCCGAGGGCCUGGAGGAAGACCUUUAUGGACUCGCCAUCGCUUCCAUCGUCCGAGACACUCGAUCCUUCUGCAAAGGGUACUCAUCCGCUGGCUUGAUGAUUGCUCGGAUGGGGGUCUCAAUCAUGAUUCUCGUGCUCGUCCUGAUCCUUCAGAUCUAUCUCAUGGCCAGCCUAAAGGCCUUGGUAACAUCGGUUGCAGUGAACCAGAUCCGCACCGUCUAUGAUCGCUAUGAGAUCAUCAUGUACGGAAACGACACAAGUCGUAUGGCUCGGACUGCGAACGGCUUUCAUCGUGGCCGGGAUCCAUACUUCGACCCCAAAAACUUUGAGCAGUUGGACGAGGAGGACAAGGAGCAAGUCUGUCAAAUCCCAUUGUCCCAGCCGACGUUCUUCAUGACUUUGCUGACGAUCUGGACUUUCACCGCUGUGGCCGACAUACGGAAAGCAAUGGAUACGUGGGUCCGGAUUGUCCGGAUCACGCCUACCAUCGACUCGAUGAAAGACUCCAUGGAACAGGCGGAAGGCUCGGAGGAGGAGUUUGUCAUUGUCGGCCUGACAUCGAUCGUCAAAGCAGUCUUGACCAUCGUCCUUUUCCUGCCUCGCAUCGUAGUGGAUGCCUACCUGCUUUGGUUGGGUUGCCGGUGGCUGACCGCCACACCCAGCUUCGAAGAUGUGAUUCUCAAUGCAGUUGCUUUGGAGUUCAUUCUCGUGUUGAACAACGUGAUCUUCAGCACGGUGGUGCCGAUGCAGAGUGUCGUGGACACCAGAAACACGCAAAUCCUUCCCCGAGAGAAGGUUCGGCCUCAAGUGGACUUGGCGGGCCAAGGAGAGCCCAACAAGGAUGAGGUGGACCUCGAGAAGUCUGCAGAGCAAGAUCUGGACAAGCAACCAGCAGAGGAGCCACCACCCGUGCGGCUCAUGUGCCUGGUGAUGCUGAGCAUGUUUCAGGGCUAUGCCUCCAUGGUGGGACCUCUCCAGUCGGCCUACAAGCACCGUCUUGGCAUCAGCACGGACGGGACGGACGCGGCGCACGCCUUCACCCAGGCCGCAGUGGGCGUCCACUACGGCAAGCUCAUCGCCCGCUUGGGCCACAACGUCAUCUUCGCCUGCCUCAGCCCAUGGACCCGAGUUGUGAUUGCCAUGGUCUUCAUGUUCGUGGGGGUGACCAUCCCAGCCUUCCUGGUCUUCACCUUAGGCUGGGACUGGGUGGGGUCCGUCUUCAUCGCCUACAUUCUCUCUGGCCUUGGGCUGGGGAUUUUUGAGGUGACCUUCCUGAGCGUCAUCACGCCCCUGGGCAGGACCACCAAGGCUUGGGCCAUUGUAGGCUGCCCCAUGGGCUUCGCUACCAUCAACAUCCUGGGGCUCACGGCCAACUCCUUCGGGGUUGAGAUGGUCUACAUCUUCUACUACAUUCUGGCUUGCCUUCCGAUAGGCCUCGCUCUCUUUUGCCGCUUCGCACCCCGGGGCAGCACCCAGCUCAAGACGGCCAACUUCGGCUCGUCGCUGUUGCAGGCCCGGCAGUGGAUGCCCGGUAUGGUUCCCUUCUUCGCGGCGCAGUUCCUCAGCCACUUCGCCAUGGAGAACUGGCCGGCCAUCUUCUACAUGUUCCACCCUCCCAUGGUGCCUCUCUUCGGACCCCACAACGACGAGCACCUCAUGAAGUGGGGCCAGUUCUUUGCCAUAACCUACGUCUUCAUCUUUCUGGGGGAUUCCAUUAGCCGACGCAUCGCCAUCUUCCUCUCCACCCCAAGCCUCCGCCGGCGUUUAGUCUACUUGGGAGUGGCGAUGGCUUUGAUUGGCCUUGGCUUGUAUCUGGAGUCCCUGGCAAUUGCCAUCAUUAUCCCCUUGGCGAUCUUCUUCGUCUUCUGGGGCAACGGCACCAUCUAUGGUCUUACCGCCCAUCACGUAGACAAGCACAUCCCAAGCGAGCACAACUUGGCGUCUUAUUCUUUCUGGUGCUUCAUUGGCGAUCUGGGUGCUAUUUUGGGAGGGGUCUUGGUGGACAACACCCACGACCUGUUCUGCAGAGGUCACAAGGGCCCCUUCGAAUGCUGA